AUGGAUGUCAUCAUCGUACUGAUGAAGAUGUUACCAAUUGCUGAAGGAGGGGUGUACCAAUCUCAUGACGCAAAGGACCGUUUAUUUGAUGGACUAAAUCGUCUAGGCAUGGCAGAAACAAAAGAUAUAGCCCCAGGGACUUAUACUCUUGAACUUGGAAAAACGUUCACAGAACAACGGCGUACGGAUGGGCCUUCCUACCAUACUCUGAGAUAUGAUUUCAAACCUAUGUCAGUUGCUUCCUCAGACUCAGACACCUUUAUUGCUCUUGGAGCUAAUGGAGAUGUCCACGUUGCUGUUCCAACGGAUGGGGAAAAUAUGACCGUCUUCAAGGGUUCCAAAAAGGAAGCAAAGGCUAAGGAAUGUUUGUUGUUUUUCGACAAGAAGACGGGCAAGCUCCGUCUUGAGAAGAUUGCCUCUAACAUCAAUGUGAAGAAGACUAGAGAUUUGGAUCCAUCAGUUGAAAAUGUGCUGCGAUCAGAAAUGGCUCGACUUCGUACAGACCGUGUAGAUCGUCCUCCACCUCCUGAGCCCAGCAGUUCCUCGUUUCCUGGUGCAGACAGUAGUAGUUCUUCCGAUUCAUCAAGUGACGACAGCGAUAGCGAUAGUGGUAGCGGUUCUGAUGAUGAGGACAAGCAAAAAACUAGACGUGACUCAAACUCAAGCAUGGCCGAUAGCGAUGUGGAAAGUCAUCUUCUGGAAAGUAUGAAAGCUACUGUGCCGACAACAUUCAAUGAGAGUAUCGAUAUGCCGGCGCUUGACGCAAUCUCGCAACCUGCUUCACAACCAAUUCAGCAGAACAGCUAUCAGUCAAGGCCUUCUGCGAAAACUGAUCAUCGUGAUUUAGGAUUGAAUCUAAGUGAAAGUUCUGAUGAAGACGAGUGA